AACACGCAAGGAAAAAGCCGGUUGACAGUUACCCUCACCUCAAUCUAACCGGUUAUCGCUUAAUAACAAAAUGUAUUAUACAUUUAGUGGAUUCACACAAAGACUGACGGGAGCCACGUCAUCCUCUGCCUAUAGUCCUCAGGGCUUGGGGACAAACAUACCCUCUGAAUCCCCCACCAUAAUCUUUGCCACCCCAACUAAAGUCGUAUCUCAGUCAGGUCCUGUGGUGGAGUAUAUGGGAGCCAACAAGGUUCCAGACCUCCAAAGAAUAUUCCAGGCAUCAGAUGAGAUUCCUGUCCAUCUGAAGCGAGGUGUUCCAGACAGACUCCUGUACAGGACCACCAUGGCUCUGACAGUCGGAGGAGCGCUCUAUUGUCUUGUUGCACUUUAUAUUGCAGCACAACCCAAAAAUAAGUGAACUGUACCCAGCUUGUUUUCAUAGACUCGCCUCAUCAUCUGGGACAUAUUAAUAUUUGUGAGAUGUUAUUUAUUCUAUUCAUAAUGAGCAUUAGGAAAGCCUCCUAUGCACAGUCAUUUUUCAAAAUUAGUGCUUCUGCUGACAUAAAAGAAGUGAUAUUAUUAUUGAGUGCUAUAGCUUUAGAUCAAAACAUGUGUAAGAUCAAAACAUGUGUAAUUGCUGGUGUCAGAAAGAGCUAUAGUUAGUACAUGUCUAAUUUAUUACUAUUAACACCAGUUAAUCCUCUGGAGCUCACGGCAGAUGUGGGAUGUGAUGUUUUUGGUAGGGCUGUGAAAUAGAGGGUGAGACCUGACACUUUUCAUUAGUGUCGAUUGGUACAGUUAUAUUAUUUUCUCAUAGAGAAUCCAAAGAAAGAAUGUAAAAAAUGUAUGUUAUAGUUGGACAUGUGUUGAUGCUAUGCAGAGCUGGAAUUGAGAGGAUUACAUAAAUAUGAAGCAAUAUUUAAGGGAAUCAAAGAAUCUCAAUGCAUCAGAUUUCAUGCAAAUGUAGGGCACUGUAUGUGAUAUCGUAUAUACGUCGUCAUUUCACAGUCGUGAUAAAUAUUAUCCCAGAAGGAAUGUUGCACCACAUCCCUAAAAUGUAUGUGUGGAUAUGCUGGUUUUUGAAACCAGUCAUUUGUUUCAAACUUCAUUAUGUUUUUCGUUAAAUAUUUCAUUAUGUACUUAUUUUGACUAAAGUGAUACACAAACCUA